AUGCCCCAGCGGGACCGUGAAAAGCGCCGGCGCGUGCUACGACAGCUGCGCUCCGGGCUCUACCUACCGGGAACUGGCCCUUUCUUUGACAUUGCCAUGAAGCUGGGAGCCUUUGCUGCCAAGCUGUACAGGCGAGUGAAGCCGUCCAAGUACAGGAAGCGCAAGGACUAUGCCAGUAUCGAGCUGGAGACUAUGGAGUCUCGAAGCAUGGCCGCCACCUUCCUUGCUGCGUUCGGCCAGCCUGUCAGCAACGACAGCCGCACGCACGUCACCUUGGUCCCUGCACACGCGCAGGACAAGCAAGCAGCGUUCUCCACCUUCCGCGCCUCCCACUCAGUGAUGAGCCAACCCAUUCGGAAAGCAGCGAGGGCACUGGUAUCAGCAGUGCGAUUACUGGACACGGUGGUGAACGUGGAGGACUUGGCCAAGUACGACCCCUCGGGCGUGCUCAACAUGGUUGUCUCCUUCGGUCAUCCCAUGUGCCGCGAUGACGCCUGUGUCAAGUGUGUGACCACCCGGGCCACCCCAUGCAUCAUUGCCCCCACGUGCAUCGCCGGAAAGUGCGUGAAUCUCGGGCAGAAAAAAGACGGGUCCGCCUGCGCGGAUUUCGACUGGGGCGGCAACUCCUACACGGGGCACUGCCAGGCUGGCAAGUGCGUCAGCAAGGCCGUCCAAUCGUAUUACGCCAGCAAGCAGGCGGACAAGCUGUGGAUUCCCGAGGGCUAUGAGGCGCCGAAUGUGACUAUAGCGGUGGAUCGGGGAGUGUAUGCGACGAGCGAGCGCGAGUAUAUGGAGACGAGCUUGGGGUAUUGGGAUGAGCUGGCACGGGAGUCGGAGAGUUGCUCGUUGAAUAAUGGCGGGUGCGGGUCGCUGGUGUGUCAAGUUGACGUGGAGAGGAAGACGACCGUUUGCAUCGAUCCUCAUGGUCACGGUUUUGCACCUGCUCCUCCUGCAAUCGACUUCCCCACUGCCUCGAACCUAACAUAUCAUUACCCGCUCCAUCCAUUAGCAUUGGGAGUGGGGGUGGUGGGGAAUGUUAUCAAGAUCGUGAGCAAGGGUCACCAUCAGUGCCACGUGGACUGGAUGGCAGCACACGGCCACCUCUACUCUUUCCAAGUCAACCAAUCCCUCCCGCUCCUCCCCUUCCACGACUCUCAACUGCCAUGUCUCCCACCCACCCUUCUUUCAGCUACUGCUACGGUCUUUGAGUACCUACCACCAUGUACUCGCCAUGUGGCGGCAGGUAGACGACUUUUGAGACGUCUCAAAAUUCAAGGCAUUCCACAGCCCCUAUUCCAUCUCAUCGCUUCUCCUUUUCUCUUCCCCACCCUCUCUAUCAGCUACUGCUACGGCCCUCGCCGUGUGGAGGAAGUGUCCUCCGCUGCUCUCGUGAAAGAGGUUUUCUACUGCUAUGGCCCUCGCCGAGUGGUGGCAGUGUCGUCCCCUGCUCUAGUGAAAGAGGUUCUGCUCCGUCGCUUCAAGACAUUCCACGACCGCCCCAUACCUCCCACUGCCAGCCCCACCACUGGCCGGGGGCUGCUGUUUGCUCGGGGUAACCACUGGGCUGGUUUGAGGAGCGCUCUCACUCCCAUGUUCCACCGCUCCACCCAUCUCCACUCCUUCCUUUCCGGAAUGCACCGUUCCGUUCUCCAUAUGCUGCUGCUGCCGUUGUGGGAUGCGACACAAACGAGGGCAGGGACGCAAGAGGAGGGAGGGAGAGAACGACGAGGGGGGUACGGGGCACAAGAGGUGGGAGGGACGGAGGGAGGACGGGGUGAGGAAAGGGAGAACCAAAAGGGAGGACGGGGCGAGGAAAGGGAAAAGGAGCAACGAGAGGGAGGAGGUAGCGAGAAGGGGUGGGUGGAGGUGGAUUUGAUGGGCAUGUUUGAAGCAGUGGGGCUGGCAUCUAUUGGUGCUGCUUGCUUUGGUGACGACCUGUGGUUCCAGCAGGACAGCGCUGACACACACACAGCACCCCACACUGCCGCACUCCACACUGCUGCACCGCACACUGCCGCCCUGGCGUCUAUUGGUGCUGCUUGCUUUGGUGAAGACCUGUGGUUCCAGCAGGACAGAACUGCUACACUCACAGCUGCGACAGCCGACACUGGGGCAAACAAGCAGGCAGGGGCGAAGCUAGGGGCGCACAGCAGCACUACUGAACCUGCACCUCCUCACACCACAUUACCACCACACACAGCACCACACUCUACCGCACUACACACUGCUGCACCGCACACUGCCUCCCUGGCACGGGCAUACGGGGCGAACGAGCAGGCAGGGGCGAAGCUAGGGGCGCUCUCAUCGCUUCUCCUGGCCCUCUCCCCUGCGUGCCUGCACCCCUGGGCGCAUGCGCUGCUGGGUGUGCUGCCUGGGAGCACCGUGGGCGCUGCAAGACAGAGACACCGAGAGCUGAUGCUGGAGUGGAAGCUUCUCCUCGUGGCCCUCUCCCCUCCGUGCCUGCACCCCUGGGUGCAUGCACUGCUGGGUGUGCUGCCUGGGAGCACCGUGGGUGCAGCGAGGAAGAGACACCGAGAGCUGAUGCUUGAAUGGAAGGUGAGAGGUUUGAGGCAGCACUUAGCAACUAAGGUGUUCAGUGCGGUGCCCAGAGGUACCACGUUCUCGCUAUGCCCCUGGGUGCAUGCGCUGCUGGGUGUGCUGCCUGGGAGCACCGUGGGUGCAGCGAGGAAGAGACACCGAGAGCUGAUGCUUGAAUGGAAGGUGAGAGGUUUGAGGCAGCACUUAGCAACUAAGGUGUUCAGUGCGGUGCCCAGAGGUACCACGUUCUCGCUAUGCCCCUGGGUGCAUGCGCUGCUGGGUGUGCUGCCUGGGAGCACCGUGGGUGCAGCGAGGAAGAGACACCGAGAGCUGAUGCUUGAAUGGAAGGUGAGAGGUUUGAGGCAGCACUUAGCAACUAAGGUGUUCAGUGCGGUGCCCAGAGGUACCACGUUCUCGCUAUGCCCCUGGGUGCAUGCGCUGCUGGGUGUGCUGCCUGGGAGCACUGUGGGUGCAGCGAGGGAGAGACAUCGUGAGCUGAUGCUGGAGUGGAAGAGUGGAAACCACAUCGUCCACCCUGGCUUUACUCUCAUUGUCCCCCGGACCCCCUCCCCUCCCCUCUGCCUCCCAGCUUCCAAGAGAAAGGCACAGGGGCAGGAUUGCAUCCGACUUCCCUCUGAUCCAUGUGGCCUCCUGGGCGCGGGAGUGGAAGCACAUCAUCCACCCUGGCUUUACUCUGAUUGUCCCCCGGACCCCCUCCCCUCCCCUCUGCCUUCCAGCUUCCGAGACAAGGGCACAGGAGCAAGACUGGCCGAUUCCGACCUGCCUCUGAUUCUCUUUGGCCUCCUGGGCGCCGGAGUGGGGACCACAUCGUCCACGCUGGCAUUUGCCGUCCACAUGCUGACUCAGCACCCGGACGUUUCACGGAAGCUUCAGGCUGAAAUCGAUAGGUACUUCGAGGAAAGGGAGCAGGCGGGAGAGGUAAAAGGGGAGGGGAAAGGGGAGGAAGAGGGGGAGGGAGAGGGGGAGGGGGAAGAGGAGGGAGAGGGGAAGGGGGAGAGGGGGCCAGGGGAGAUUGGGCGAAGAAGGUUCGAUGACUCACCCCCUGUUUUUAAAAAUAGGUCUUUAUUUAAAGGCUUAGAAGUGCUUAAGUAUCUUGAUAUGGUUGUAAAAGAAACACUUAGGCUGUACCCUGCUGCCCCUAUAGCUGCCCGGCUGCCCGUCCAUGCAACGACUCUGGCUGGUUACCACAUCCCUGCGAAUACACCCGUUGUGGUCCCGAUUUUCGCUGCCCACCGCUGCCCGGAUUUCUUCCCCCGGCCGCUUUCUUUUCUGCCCGAACGUUUCGGUCAGCGGGCAGCAGGUGAGAAGGGAGUUGGGUGGAAGGAGGGAGGGAGGGAAGAGGAGGCAGAAGGGCAAGUGGGGGAAGGACGGGGCGAGGAGGGUGCAGAAUCGAUCAAGAGUGAAGAGAGAGGAGAAGGAAAGGAACACGAGGAGGUGCUGUGGACGGCCGAGUCAGAAGCCAUGUAUUUGCCUUUCGGUGCCGGUCCCCGCAUGUGCAUCGGGGCACGAUUUGCAAUGAUGGAAAUCAAGCUCUGCCUUGCGCUGCUGCUGCGGGUAUUUGACAUCACAUCAGUAUCUGACACCCCAUAUGCUUCCAGACGUCUCAACGCAAGUGAGACUGACGCUGAAGAAAGGGGAAGGAAACGGGGAGGGAGUGAGGAUGCGGAGGAGGGAAGCAAAUGGGGCAGUGCGAGCAGCAAGACAAGGGUGGAUAGCAGCAAGUUGCCUUUGGAAUCUGGGUUGAACCUUUGGCCGAAAGACGGCAGAGGAGAGGAGGGCAUCAGAUGGAGUGCAAGCAGCAAGACAAGGGAGGAUAGCAGCAAGCUGCCGCUGGAAUCUGGGCUGAACCUUCGGCCGAAAGAUGGUGUGCGGGACCCUAGGUACGGCAGGAGGCAGUGCGGUUCUACACCUGAUGGUGGUGUGGCAUUUGAUUCGACUCUUAAGUCACCGCACCUCCCAUCUCACCCCACCCACCCUCUUCUCCCCACCUACCAGCACCCCGAGGUACUGCAGGAUGCAGUGCGGUUCUACCACCUGCCUUUGCGGGUCAGGAGGUCCUGGAGGCCCGCCCACCUGAUUGUGGUGUGGCCGGUGCGCUCUGUGGGGGGCUUUCACCUGCCGCUGCCCGUGCCUGCGCCCAAGGACUGA